UGCGUGUGGAUCGCAGCGCAGCACAGCUCCGAGAGCGCCGCAGAUAAAGGCAUAACCGAGCGGGCAGGAGGGAGCAAGGCAAAGGGAACCCAGCAAGGGGCACUGAAAACCACAUUUCUGACAAAAGCGCCCCCCUUGCCAUUUCACUGAAUCAGAAAUUUUAGGCAUUGACUGACGCCUGGAUGCACCGACAUCAGUGAACCGCUCACUUGGGUCCGCGGAGCAGAUCGCAGCAUGUCCCGAAGGAAGCAAAGCAACCCCAGGCAAAUCAAACGGCCGCUGGAUGACAGCCUGGAGGACGAAGAGGGGGAGUGCGCCCUCGAUGAAAAUGAGCUUCCCGUGCAGAGAAACUUCUCGGCUGAGAUGGACCCCGACGGUGAAGACAUGGACUACUCCUGCGGCAAAGAUGAGGAUGGAGGUGUCCAGGAGACUGGAGACCGGAACAGCGAGGGACGGAAAAGCAGAAGCCCACCAGACCCUGAGAACUGGGACGGACCAAGAGAGCUCCAGGUUGUCAUUAAAGAUGGAGAACGGCAGAUCCAGAGUCGGCAGUCGCUUCCGGUGGGCACGACGUGGGGACCAUACGAGGGGAAGCUCGAGGCGAGCCCAGACGGCAGCCUGAAGACGAAGUGUCCCACCCACAUGUGGCUUCUGGACAUCACCUGGCCAGGUCUGGACGACAGCAAGACCAACUGCAUCAUCUACAGCAAGAGUGGACAGCUUUGGUGCACGACCACCAAGCCCGUGGUUCCGGGUGACGACGUGGUGGCUUUCGCCGUGGAUCUGGACUCCCAGGUCCGAGCGGUGAGCCAGGUGCCCCCAGCGGAGGGGAUGUACCCGGCGCGCUUGCUGGACUCCAUACAGCUCCUGCCACAGCAGGCCGCCAUGGCGUCAAUCCUGCCCACCGCCGUCGUCAACAAGGACAUCUUCCCUUGCAAGGCGUGUGGCAUCUGGUAUCGGAGCGAGAGGAACCUGCAGGCUCACCUGAUGUACUACUGCAGCGGCCGGCAGAGGGAGGGUGCGGGAGCAGCCGGGGAGGGGGAGGGCAGCCCGCUCCAUGUGGCUAGCAUGGCUAACGUGGCUAACAUCUGCCCCUUCCCACAAUGCAACAAGAGGUGUUCGGGGACUCAGGCCCUGGAGAUGCACCUGUCCACACACAGCGGUGUCAAACUGGAUGAGCCGGCCCCCCUUGGCACCACCCUAAGAUGCACAAUCUGUAGAUACACCGCGGACUCUGCCGUCGCUCUCCAGCACCACAUCCUCUCUCACCUGUCGCAGGCGGCCUUCCGCUGCUCCCACUGCCAUAUCAGCUUCCAGAACCACGGGGAGUUCCUGCAGCAUCAGGACGCGCACCGGCUCGGCGCAGCCAAGCUUCACGGGGGGAGCGAGGGCCAGCACUCCCCCGGCUCCCGCGAGGAGAGCCAGAAGCAGGCGGGCGCCGAGCCGGCGGGCAAGCACGACGCCCUCCAGAGUCCCAGGAGCGUACAGAAUGAGGACGCGGGGGCCGGCGCCGAGCUGGAGAGGCCCGAGAAGAAGGCCGCGAUCUCCGGCUCAAAGGGGGACGCAGGCACAGGCAGCAAGGCGAGCUUUUCCUACACCCGGAUCAAAUCAGAGCCCUCAAGCCCUCGGCUGGCCUCCUCGCCGGUCCAGCCCAACAUGGGGCCCACAUUCCCCAUGGGGCCUUUCCUCUCCCAGUUUGCGUUUUCGCAAGACCUUUCCAUGGCGCCACAGGCCUCAGAGAUCUUGGCAAAGAUGUCGGAGCUGGUACACCGGAGGUUACGGCAUGGGAGGAACAGCUACCCGCCGAUGGUCUACAGCCCCCUGAUGCCCAAAGGAGCCACGUGCUUCGAGUGCAAUAUCACUUUCAACAAUCUGGACAAUUACCUGGUCCACAAAAAACAUUACUGCAACAGUCGUUGGCAGCAGUUAACAAAGUCGCAUGACUAUUCCAGUGUCCCAGACAAGGCGGUGGAGACACUGAGCCCAAACAGCAAGAUGGGCCCUGGCCACCCAUCCGAAUCUGACGGCCACCUGAUGCAAUCAGCCUGUCUGAACGCCUCCGUGUUGGACCUGAUCAGUGCCGGCAGCAAAGUGCCUGAAAAGGAAUUCUCAGGGCAACUGAAAAAGGCCUCCACACCCCCCGGGGCUGAAGACAGUCCGAACAGCCAGCAGACAGACUUGAGGAGUCCGAACCCCUCCCUGGUGGAGAACGAAAACGACCCUUCGAGGACGACGUGCGAGGCCUGUAAGAUCACCUUCAGCCGCCAUGAAACCUACAUGGUCCACAAGCAGUACUACUGUGCCACUCGACACGACCCGCCUACGAAGCGGGCUUGCGCAAGCAAGGUGCCGCCCGUGCCGAGGACCAUGAGGUCACGCAAGCGGAGGAAGAUGACUGAGCUCAGCCCCCCCGAUCAAGACUCCAAGCCUCCUGGGGCUCACUCUGGUCUGUUGGGCCUGCCCGCUUUGGGAAACCCCUGCACCUCCCAAGAGGUGAUAGACAAUCUCGGUGAACGGUUUUACCCACGAUGCAACAUGUUCCCAGGAAUGGUCCCAAAACAUCUGGAAGCUUCUCUCACAAAACUGGUUCUUGCAUCCAAGUGCAACACAGUCAACCAGCAGGAAACAGACACUCCCAUAGAUCUCAGCAAAAAGUGUCUGGAGAAAACAGGCAGCUCCCCCAAGAGACUCUUAGACUAUCACGAAUGCACAGUGUGUAAGAUUAGUUUUAACAAAGUAGAGAGCUACCUUGCUCACAAGCAGAAUUUCUGCCCUGUCACAUCUGUACAGCCUGAUGACAUUAGUGGGUUGGAUAAGGCGAUGUUUCCAGAUGUGAAAAAUGGAAGCAGUGGUUUUGACAAUAUCUUCAGCAAGAGCCCCGCAAAGUGUGAUAAAACCACAAGUGGACGACUGCUCUCCCAAAACGGCACCUUCUUUCACUCCAAUUUAGGGACCCUGUCAGGGCUCCAGACCCCUGCUGAUCUCCAGCUACUUCACGCUAAAGACGACGGCAAAAACUUAUUCCUGCCCCAUUGCUUCUAUCCCCGAGAAACCAAGAAAGCCAACACACCGGAGAGAAUCUCCCCAUUUUAUGGCGUUAAACCCACUGACUACAUCAAUGGGACUCUGGUCGGGGCGGGUGAGCCGAAAGAGCAGAAGCAGAGUCCCAACGAAGGGAGCGAGGGAGGGAAGGAGCAGCCGGCCCCCAACGGCUUCGCCCACCCCGGAGAGGAGCCGCUGUCCCUGCUACCCAAGAGCAGAGACACAGCCGCAAGCGUCAACGGCAGCACGAAGCUGGAGGAUGCCGCCUCGCCAAACGAGGACCAGCCCGAUGACUCCCAAGCCACGGACAGCCGCUGCUCUCCCUCUUGGACGUCCGAGACCCCCACGGACACGGAGAGCUCGCCCUCGCGGAAGACGCGGACGGAGAAGACGUCCCCGAAAACGCCGAACAGCACGGCAUCCGCUGGCGGCGGAGGAGGGAAGUACUGUCACCUCUGUAACAUUCAGUUCAACAGCCUGUCAAACUUCAUCACGCAUAAGAAGUUCUACUGCUCAUCACGGCCAGCAGAACACGUGAAGUAAAUCAUGCCCCCCCCCCACCCCACCCCCCAACGGGCUGCACCUCUGUCCCGUUUGCUGCUGAUGGACAAUCAACAGAAACCUGUCUUAAGACUUAAUGCACGGCACUGGGAAAAUCCUGUAACAUAGAUGGCACUUCCGCAUUUAUUUAUUUAAAAGAAAACAAGUACCAAUCAAUCGAUGUAGUGAUCCUAAUUUAAAGCAGGAUGGAGUCUGUAUCAUAACCGUUUGUAAUGUUCUUGUGCAGUUAACAUUGUUUACAUUGUAAUAUAGGUUCGAUUAGGCACACAGAAUGAGAUGCAUUUAGAUGAAAUUAGCACUUGUACAGACCAGUUUGCUGUUUCCCUGUCCUCUUCUGAUUUUUAUAUAUGCUGAAGUAAUAUUUGAAUUGAAUUCCUAUUUUCCCAGGCCUCUAUUGAUGGAGCAAAUCAAACACUGGCCCAUCUGUUACCAGUCAGCUGGCCUGUAUGUAUGUAUGUAUGUAUGUACUGUGAAUGUUUGUUCCUGUCCCUGUUCAUUAACUCAGAGGAGUCUGUUUUUAUGCAAACAGCUACACACUUGUACAGUAUGUGAAUUCCUGUUAGCUAAAUUUUUUAGAGCCGUGCUUCAAACAAACAAUAGAGACAGUAUUACCUAAGCACUCGGCGGGGGCAGGAGUUGGGGGAACAUUAAUUUUAUUCAAAUUUUCACGAUGAAUUGCUACGUUGUGGUUCAGGGCUUGGGAGGGACUGAACGACACUGAGUCAUUCCAAUUCCCCAAAUACGAAGGAAAAUCUUUGUUGAAAUAUCAUUGCUAUGCAUGUAAAUGGAAGGAAUAAUACUUCAGAAUUGUUGGACAUUUUAAUUUGGUUGUGAUGUCAUGAUUAAACUUCAGUCCUCAGGUCAA